CAGGCCUUUGCAAACCACAGUGCAACCGACAUACAGUAGUACAUUUUUAUAGCUAGACUGUGCGUGUAGUCCUGACCUUUCUAUAGUGCAUGGAGUAAGUGUCAACGGAAAAUGUUCUUGCUCAAAAAGAUGUCUUUCAAAGAUGCGCAGCAUCCCUUAUACCCUUAUACAGAGGAAGAGAAACAAGAGAUUAGAAAAGAGCUGGGAUUGAAGGAGACAACGAUACAAGAUGACAUCGAUGCAAUAAUAGACUGGUUCAAAAAGCAACCGCAUUUAAUCGAAGCCGGAAUAACUCGAGAAAUUAUUGAAAGGAUGCUAAUUAUAUCAAAAGGUUCAUUAGAGAAAACCAAGCAAAGAAUCGACAACUUCUACAAAUACAGGGGUUUUGCGCCAGAACUCAUUCAAAACAGAGAAAAAGAACUUUGUAACCACAGCAGGGGUAUAUGGACUUUCAUCCGGCAGGCGGCCAUGCCAAAGUUAUAUAAAGGCAACAGAGUGUCAGUAUUCAAGUUCAUUGAACCUGACCCUGGCAAGUGUAACACUGACAUUCUAUUCAGGAAUACAUUUAUGCUCGGUGAUAUAAGAUUAACUUACGACUACAUGCUUGGCGACAUUUGGGUACUAGAUAUCAAAGAGGUUGGAUUUGGUCACGUGUUGAGAGCAAACCCGGUUACUAUGCAAAAGACUGCCCAUAUAUUUCAGGAUGGCAUGGGUCUACGGAUAUCAGCAAUACAUGUCCUAAACGCUCCAAUAUUAGGACAAACGGUAUUAAGUUUCAUGAAACAGUUUUUUAAGCCUAAAAUAAUGGAUAGGGUGAAGAUACACGAGUCUGUUGAAGAGUUACAUAAGCAUUUACCAAAACAAUACUUGCCCAAGGACUAUGGGGGCGAUCUACCUUCGAUGGAAGACUUCAAAGAUAAAUAUGAAAAGGAGUUGAGGAGCGACAAAACAAGAAAAUAUUUACUGGAUUUCAGCAAACUUAUCUCAGACGAAAGGAAGAGACCAGGGGCUAGCAUAUAUGACGAGUAUGCUAGGAUGUCCGGUUCUUUUAAGAAAUUAGACCUAGAUUAAUUAUUUGCACGCAGUUAAGACCAUACUAGAAAAUUUAAAUUAACCGUUGCAGCAAAGUGAGCAUUUGUAAGAGAUUAACAAUCUUUUUUAUAUGUAUAAGCCAAAAACAAGUUAAUGGUUGGUGGAAUACACGGUAAUUAAAAAAUAUUUAUAAUAUAAUACAUUUUAAAAAAUUAGACAAAAAAACAAUAGUAUCACUAGAUGGGUGUUUGAUUGUUAUAUAGCGCGUCGCAGGUCGACAAGUUGAAUACGCUCCACAAUUAUAGAAAACUUUUUUUAAUAUAUAAUUUUGUAAUUAAACACAAAAAAAUAAGCGUAGAAAAUACUUUUCAUUCUUAAGCAUUAAAAAAGUGAGGACAAUAAUUAUAAGACGUAUUUUUAUAUUUUGACAUCUUUAAAAUUUUACAAA